CUCAAAAAGAUUUCUCGUCGACUGAAUAAUUCCGACCUGAUGGCCAACACCAUGACUGAAUCAGGACCCCAAGCUGCUGUUUUUCAAACCUUGUCAUCUACCGAUACUGCAUAUCAUGGCAGAUUAUCACCAUCGGCAGUAAAGGAGCCAUUGGUUUCCAAUAAGACUUCCGAGUCGGAUGGUGGCGAAGAGAAGCAUAGCAAAAUUCCAGUCCAGACAUGGACACCUCUUAUGCUCCGACGCUGGGUUCUGGCGUCUUUCGUCUUGACGUUCCUUCUUCUGAUCGCGAGCAUGGAAAUUGUUGCAAAAGUGUCUACUGACAAGCAUGGAUUUGGUCCAACCGACACCAAGCUUCAUUAUCUCUGGACGUAUGGGCCUACUGCAGGUACGAAGAUUCUUCUCGCCCGCGAUGCUGGCUAAUGGUAGUUCUUUAC